AUGAAGGAGAGCUUCAAGGAAAAUUCAUCUACACUGUUCACUAGAAAGUCAAGCUUCAUCCCUGAUAUUAACAGUGAUAAAUAUGAUAAUGCUGGUUUUGAGGAAGAGUACAAUGUUAAGCUUUACACAAGUGUUGCUAUGAUUGUGAUGCGCUUUGAGAAGUUUGAUAACAAAAAUUUUGGAGGAACAAGAAAAUUCCAUGCAAAGUCUAGCUCAUCAAUAUCUAAUCGAUCUGACGUUGGUAACUCCAAAAAGGAUGAAGGUAAAUGCUUUGACUGUGGAGGCGCUGAUCACUUUGCUCGGGAUUGCAAAGUUAAGAAGAACAAUCAAAAGGAAGAAUCUUAUGAAACUAAGUACAAGCGCUUAGUGGCUUCUUUGAAAAGGAAAAAUUUGGAGUCCAAAGUUCUUGUCGUUGAAGGUGAAGAGUGGGUUGAUGAAGAAGAAUUAUCGGAUGAAGAAGUUAAAAAGAGCGUGUGUUUAAUGGGAGUUACUGGUGAUUUAGUCACUGAUGAAGCAAGCAGUAGUUCAAGUACUUUUGACGUUGAUCUCGCUAAAGCUGCUAGUGACUCAAAAGUUCAAAAUUGGGAUUCCUCCUCCUUGUAUCAGGUCAAAAAAUUGGUAACUUAUUCUGAAAUUGGAAAAUCUACAAUGUUUGAGUAUUCCCAUCUUGAUCUUUCAAAAUCCAAUCAAGAAAUUCAUAAUCUAAUAAAUGAAAUUGAAUCUUUAAAAAGUGAAUUAUCCAACAGUGAGAAGUCUCUUUCAUAA